CUUCCCCCCGCUCGCCAAACGAUCAAGAGAGAGGAAAAACGAGCAAGCAUACACGGCGUUUCCGCUAGCGUCACCCCGAGAUCGGUGUUAAAUGGAUGUGGACCAACCCUCGCGGCCCGCAUGUGCCAGCAGCCCAUCCAGCCUCGCGCCCUCGCCGCACGAUGAAGACCAGAAACCCCAAUUGACCGACUCAAACUCGCCGCCACCCAAGGCCAAAUCGAGCAACGGCGAUUGGCGCAAGAACAAGCGGACGCGAAAAGCAUACAGCUGCAUACCGUGCCACAAACGAAAAGUGAAAUGCGACCGCGCACGUCCGUGUCACGGCUGCGUCAAGCGCGGCGAGCCGAGCGCAUGCAUUUGGGAGACCGAGGAACCCAACGCCGAUCUACCCAGCGAAGAGCGCGAUAAGCUCAUAGCGCGUAUUCGAGACCUCGAAACGACUCUCGUCAAGCUCCGACGAGGAGACACCUCCGCCACCACCACUGCCGGCCCUCCAUCCCCUACCUCCC